UGUUUUGUUUUAUUAAUUGUGUUAUGUUAAAAUUAUCUUAUUAUAUAUUCAAGUAUCAGAUUUAUAAAUAAUCUUUGAUUUCUACUUGAGAUGCGAUCUUCCUUUUGAAAUUAUAUAAAGUUUGUAUGAUUUAUUACUAGAUGCUAAAAAUUAUUUUGAUUUUUAUUGUAUUCUAUGGAAACAAAGUUAAAAGUGACAAGAACGUUCAUAAUGUUCUUUUACUUGGAGGAAAUGGCUUACUGGGGAGUGCAGUCACACAGAUGUUAUUACGAGUGAAAGAUGUGAAAUACAAUAUCACUAUUCUUAAUCGUGGUAACUGGUAUUGGGAUACUGAAAACAUUAUAAAGCCAUUUGUAAACCAUAUUAAAUGCAGUCGUGAGGAUGGCUUUCGUGAAAUGUGCACACAACUAGCUGAUAACACAAAAUAUGACUCUGUUGUUGAUUUUAGUGCAUAUGAUCCACUUGAUAUAGAGGAUAUAUUAAUUGUUAUGCCUGGAAGGUUCAAGCGUUACAUAUACAUCAGUUCUGAUUCUGUAUACGAAGUUUGUUUACCAAAAAAGCAUGAUGGGUAUUUAAGAGAAGAAGACGCAGUGAGACCUACAGACCAAACUGUUUUGGAGAAAUACAACUCUAGAGACAAUUAUGGUCACAAAAAAUUAGAAGGAGAAGAAGUAUUGGACAGAUUUCACAAAGUUUUGGAUUUUGAUUACAUCUCGUUAAGGCUGCCUGAUGUUAUCGGGCCAAGAGACAAUACAAACAGAUUUUGGAAAUAUUAUAUGUGGGCAAAAAUUAAUCAUAUUGCAGGUCCUGUGCAUAUUACACCUAACCUAAGAGAUAAACCUUUGUCCUUUGUUUACAGCUUAGACGUUGGUGGAUUAAUUGCCAACUUGGUACAUCCAAACUUUAACAUGGAUGGUAUUUUUAACCAAGCUUAUAAUCUUGGUUUUAAAGAAACAGUCACGUUGAAGCAGUUUGUUGACUUUGUUGGUAAAUUUGCAAAUACUUCCAUUCAGUUCGAUGAAACUGAUCAAGCUGUCAAAAAUUUUGGUUUUCCUUCUGUAUCUAUCGGUCCAGUGGAUAUAAAUAAUGCUAUGCAGCUUUUGAAGUGGCAGCCAACUGAUCUUUAUACUGCUUUAGAAAAAACGUCUCAAUUUUAUGAAGAUGCUGAAUACGAUGAUGAAUAUAAAUUUAUAGUAGAUAGGAUAUUAAAUGCUUUAGACGUACAUCAGCUAAAGCGACAUGAAUUCUUACUUUUUCAUCAUGAAAGGCAAAAUUCCAGACAUAAUAAAGAUGAAUUAUAAAAUAUUUCGCAGAAAAUCUAUUGCAAAUUAUUAUGCACACAAUCUUAACAUUGACAAUGCCUCUGAAAAAGUAACUCGGAAAAAAAUCAGAAAAAAUAUUUCCAUUCUUCUUGAUAUUAUUUUUAUAGUAUAUGUAUUUUUAUAGUUCAUCAGAAAUUGUUAUACAAAAUUUUUCAUACAAUUUAAUAUAUAUUAUAAGAUUUUUAUAUGUAUUAAUUUUUGAUCUGUUCUUUUUAUGUACCAACCUCUGAUUCAGAGUAAACAUUUGUUUAAGUAACACAAAACAUUGGUUGUGUUAACAGUUGAAAAAUUUGUCACAGAUGCGACUUCUGAGGACUUCUGACAUUGUAUGACACUGGCACUUUGUUUUUUCAAAUUCAAGUGUAUGAAUUUGCAAAAAAAAAACAUUGCUAUAUUUUAUCAUAAACUUCAUAAUUUUUCACUAUUCAAAUAAUUUCUCCAUAAACUUCUUUAAUCUCCUUCAAAAUUACCAUUGGCAACUUUCUCCCUAAAUCUCAAAUUGAAUUACAUGAAUUCUCUAAAGGCGUAAGUUGCCAAAACUAAAGUCAGGGAUUAUAUAGUCUCUAGACUCACUGCUACAAUAUAAUGUAUGCAAAUAAUCUAUAUUGUAAUACCCGUAUGUGUCUGUCUGUCAUGCAAAAUGGUACCAGAAGUAGAGAGACGCACGCCAUGCGAUAUAAAAAGAACAGGCGAACCCGUGGAUUUUUCCACGGGCUACCGACUAGUUAUUCAAAAUUGUAUGUUUUUAUACAGAAUAUUGUAAAGAUGUAACCACGGUGCAAAAGUCACAAGUUUUUUAAGACCAAAUCAUUUUGAUUUGAAAAAAACUAGUAGCAGGUUCCUAUUAUAUUUAUUUCAAAAGAAUUGAGUA